AUUGUAGACUAUUAAAAAAGAGUAUUUUCGUGUACUUUAUUAUUUUCAUAAAGUAUAAAGUACAAGUACUUGAAAUAAAGAAAGAAAGAAAGAAAGAAACAUUUAUUUAUCGGAAUAUGGGUACAAAUCAGUUGUUAGGUGUAGUUAUAAGUUCUAACCAUACUCUGCCAUGAUCAGGCGUACAAAUUUUUAUUGUUAACACAAAGUGUUUAACUUAAAUCUACUCUAACAAGGUGCAUAACUAUACUCGCUGCUUAUACAAUUAUUAUAUCACAGUUUUGUCGUUUAAAUACUCUUUCACACUAUAAUAACAUUUAUAUAACGUACAAUACGUAAAGUACAAUACUUUAUAAUAAAGUACGGAUGGCAACCCUAGUUGAUACUGUGGUCCUUUGUGGAAAAUGUAGGUACAAUAUUAGUUGUAAUUUUAUAACUAAAGAACGGUUUCAACUCUCCAAACCGAAAAUUUUGGCUUUGUUCGGUCCUGUGCUAGAUGACGGUUUAUGUGAGGUUUGAACAAAAUCGGUCGAGCAGAUCUUCAUUGUAUCAAAUUUUUUGAAACAAAAUUGUGGACCUAGCUAACAUCAUCAUCACCAUCAUCAAUACCUAGCGAAGCACGUACCGUGGGCCACUAGUUUUCUAUAUAGAGGCUAUCAAAACGUCAAACAUAUCCAUCAGAUAGUACCUAAUUGCUAAAUCGGCCCACUAUGUAAUAGAUCAGUAAAUGUACGAUUAUAAAUUAUACAUAUUAUUCCGAUUCGAUACAUAUUUAAUUACUAUUCAUCUGAAAGGCAGUCCCUAAAUUUUGACUCCCGUUUUUCAAAAUGUAAACUUUUUGGCAACAUCAAACUUUUUCAGCAAAGAAAAAAAGUAAAACAGCUUUGACAUUAUACUAACAAUUUUCGUGAACCACUUACUUCCAUUAAUCAAAAUAAGUUUUUUUAACUACAAACGAAAUUGCAUUCUAAAUGCCUAAAGACUUUUCCAACCCAGCGGUGAUAAUACUCCUUAAGGAGGCAUACGAUAGAGAAAAACGGUUGCGCGCAAAAUGGAUAUCCAAAAAUCGAGAAAAAUUAGAAAAAGCGAUCACACUGAACAGAGAGCCAACAAAUUACUUCGAGGAAGAUGUUGCCAAACAAAAUAUGAUCGGAGUUCUGCCCUCGAUCACUCUUGGCCACAUAGCUGCAGGUGAAAACCGCAAAAAGACACCACUUCGCGACGCAAGGACAAUACCAGCCGCUGAAAGCAUACGCCACGAACAUUCAAUCAUCAAUAUGGGGCUUGGCUCUGCUUCUAAGGAUCCUAGACUGGCUCGACCCGACACUGACUUCAAGCUCGACCCUAUAAUGAGGCCGGUAGAUGCUAAGCUGAAGAAACUAUUAAUGAAACCACGUCCUACGUUUGGGAGGGAAGUUUACUUGAAGGAGCGAACCAAAGAAGGUCCAGGGAACAAGUAUUAUUUUCCCGAAUGUACCAGUUGGGAUCACGGGUGGCGUUUAGAAGAAAGUGGUUUACUGGAGAGGGCCACGUAUGGAAGAAUUUGGCAACUGAAUCGAUCCCUGCGCAGUCGUGUUGGGCCACAGCCUGACCCAGAGCAUUAUUAUCCACCUUCCGUGCCCUGCUAUGCAAAAUGCGGAUCUAAUAUAUUGUAAAUGAAUAAAAAUCAUAAUAUUUCACAGUAGGUGCUCAGCAUGUAGUUAUAAUGUUUAGUGCGCUUUAGAUAUUCGCAAGUUUUUACCUUAGUGUUAAUUUCUAGGAUAAUUUUACCUUAAUGUUUAGAAUUAGUUAUUGCAUAUUAUAUUUUCUAGGUUUUAGUAAACUGGUACUCAGUA